CACCGCUCCUUAUGUGGAUCCUACCCUCACCCUACGAACUUCUACUACCAAUAGGCCACACACCGACUAACAUCGUGAGGUUUUCCUCUUCUUCAAAGAGCGGUGUCUUCGACCCUCUUUCUUACAAUACUAUUGACCAUUCCAACAAGUAAUCCGCGACAAUGAGCUCAAAUCUUGACUUCUCGCCAGAAGGUCUGUUAGACCUUUCGUUCGAGCAACGUGACCCACGAUACCAAUUUACCAAUAUGACUACGCGUUCGACUUGGCCAUUGCCGUUGGAUAUGGCCUCAGGAGGAUCUGACGACCGACGGGAAACUUCGCCAGGACAUAGUGGACACCAACAGUAUCAAACCGGACAUCAUCAUAAUUCUCCCACGUUAUUGACAGAUUGGCCGAUACAACAGCAACCACAGCAUUUGUCACCCCAGCAACUUUCCCCUCAGCAAUUGUCGCAAUUUAUCCCGGAUAACUCGUUGAUGGGACCACAAUAUACAUUUGGCAGCCCGUACCAAACUUCACCUCUCGACUAUGGCUUACCUGCAACCACACAAGCAGCUCUCGAAGCCAGUCUCCAGAUGGAAGCUCCAUUCAACGGACUCACACAGACGGUCGAGGCACAGGCGAAUCAAUGGCAGGAUUGGCAUGAAUUCGAGUAUGCGAUGAAUUUUACCUCGAACCAUGGAAUCCCAAGUAUAGGACGACAAAGUCUGGGAAGCAACUCACCUACGGGUACGUACUUGGAAGUGCUCUCGUUACCCAGUUCGAGUAGCGAUCACGGAUGGUCGACAGUCGAUACGUACCAGGAUUUCAACACCUAUCAACAAGCGCAAAACCAAGCAAUUUUCAACCCCGGGCAAACAUUACAUUUGCGAAGUCACUCGGACUCAUCGCAAUCUGAUGGUCACCAAUCGAUAGAUACGUUUGGCAGUUUUGAGGAUUUGUCAGGAUACCCAUAUUCGCCGUACUCACCGGGCUCGGAUAGCUAUUUGGAUGUGACGGGUGGACACAGGAAUUGUUUCCACGGCGAAGCACACCACCACAGCCACGAUAUUAUCAGUCCCGCCGCAGCCGUUCCCCCGCAACCCAUCCAAGCUCCAUCUACAAAAUCCACGGCGGCUUCAACAACCUCCAACCGCACCUCCCCAUCCAACACCUCAUCGCCUCCCGCGAGAAGAAACUCCGCACCCCGCAAGAGCCCCACGGCCAAAGCCACCAAACCGGUCAUCCGCCGCACCUCCAACGGAAAGAAGGAUGCCCCCCCAACUGAGAAGCGCGUUGGACGAAGACGCGGCCCCUUAUUACCAGAGCAGCGCAAACAAGCUAGCGAAAUAAGGAAAUUGCGAGCCUGUCUCCGCUGUAAAUUCUUGAAGAAGACGUGCGACAAGGGUGAGCCCUGUGCGGGAUGUCAACCUUCGCACGCUCGUUUGUGGCAGGUGCCGUGUACGCGUAUCGAUAUCAAGGAUAUUGGUUACUUCAUGAAGGACUGGAAGGCAGAUUAUGAACGUCACGUGGGGAGAGGUGUGUCUGUUUACAAUAUCAAGGGAUUCUCGCAAAAGGAGGAGUUGCUUUGGAUUACUCAUGGGUAUGGAUUUGCUCUGCCGAUUAUGGCGAGAGAGGUUUACGUGAGUGAUGAUAGUUGCUUUAACGUCGACUGGGUUGAGGGUGAUCACGAAGAACCCAUCGAGUUUGAAACUCGCACCGAGAGAAUGUCUGCUGGUUCCGAAGGUGUCUCGAAUGAAGCAUUAUCUGAGUACCUCGAUAAACACAUUGAUGGGCCUUUUGAAGAAUUCAUCGAUGAGUAUUUUGAGGGCACCCCAUUCAUUACCGAGAUCUUGAAGACCGCUCACCGCUACUACAUGAAAGAGAAGGUUUCCGUCGUCCGCAAGGCAUUGAAACUCGUUCUUGCCUACAACCUCACCUUGCACGUUACCAUGGUCGAGCAAAGAGGAGACGAGCACCCGAUGGAAGGAAUCAUCGAAGACGAGGACUCCAAAUUCAACGGAAAGGUCGUCGCUCCCGUCAUGAUCAAUUUCCAAAUCAAAUGUGCCCUCGCCGACAUGUGGCGUGAACUUCAAAAGGAGAUUCUCGAGGAAUUAUCCUCGCUAUACUCUAGCGUGUACAGUGGCGACAGACUCAAGAACUGGCCUACAAUCUUCAUGCUUGCAUCGAUUCUCCUCGCCGUAUGGGAAGAAAUGCAAUUUGAUUGUCAUUACCGCGUUCCCGACCAAGCAGCCGUCAACAAAUUCUGCAACGAUAUGGAAACCACCCCAGUAGGUGUCAUUGUCGGAUUAUUCCAUGCUAUCUCUCAAAAACUCCCUGCGUUUACCGAUUGGGAAACGAGAAGACAUGGUCAACUCCUCAACAACAACGUAGCUGUCUGCGAAGCCAUGACCGAAAUGAGAGGUCACGUAACCAAGCAUGAAUCCUACCUCAAAACCCGACCGGACGCCAAAUUUGACCGUCGCGACUUCGACUGUCUCUCCAACAAAUUCCUCUCCAAACUCGUCAUUCGCGCAAAUUAAUCCUCCUCCUCCAUCUAUCCCCAUUUGCAAAUAUAUACCUAUCUACCUACCUACCUACCCAGCUACCGCCCGCUAUAUAAACCCCCUCCUGUACAAACCCGUUACCCAUCUCCGGUUUCCGGUACCAAGAUAACGAAUUCAAUGCUCUUCAUGACCACCCAUGACAUGAUAUGAAAAAAGAAAACGAUUGCAGGAAUAUGUUUUUCCACCUUUUCUCUUUCUCUCUCUUUUAGAGAAAGCUAGAAAAAAACGAAUGAAAAGAAUAAUUUGUUAAUUUCCUAUUUUUAUUUUACGUUUUUUUUUUUGUUUUGGGUCAACGGCAUAGCGUUUUGGUUGUUUUUUGAAUUUUUCCUCUAUUUUUUUCUUCUCCUUUUCUUUUCAAUCUUUUAUCAAUCAUCAUCAUCAUCCGAAGCAAAAAGUUUCCUCCCUCCCUCCCCAAUCAACUCAACGACCCCCUUUAACGAAACAAACGAAACAUGUUGAUUUUUGUUGUUCCAUGUAUGUAUGCAUGUAUGUUUGUAUAUCUGAUCAGAUUUUCAAGAAUUCUUCUUUAAAUCUCCAUCUCAUCAUUCCAUACAUACAUACAUACAAACCGACAAAAUCCACCCCCCUUUAACGAAGAUCAUGGAAUUAAAGAACGCUUAACGUUUACAUGUCAAUGUUUUUAUGUUUCUACGGACCCCUAUGUCAUUUUUAUUAUUCAUUAUUCACUAUUCAUCUAUCCCUCUCACUGCGUUUUCUUUCCCAGCCUCUCACGGAAUAAAUGGAUGGAGAGAGAGGUGUUUAUUUUAUUUUAUUUACUCUCAUCUGAUCUGAUCUCGUCGUCAUGGUUUCUCUCAAGCGUUUAUUUAAAAGAAGGCAGAAGAAAUGAUCGAAGUAACUGCCGAAAUAUGAACCCUAUGAAAAGAUUAUUAUUAUGGCAUGGCGUGCAUUGAACUUAUUUAUCUCUCGAUUUGUUUUUCUCUCUCUCUUUUUUUGUCUAUGGAAUGGGGGAAAUCAAUGCGGCAUGCGAUGGGAUGGGAUGAAAGAUGGGCGAAGAGCAAUGGCGCGAGCGAGGGGUGUUUUUUAGCUGCGAGGGAGAGAGGGAGAGAGGGAGAGAGUAUGGAGAAGGAGGAGGAGGAUGUGUAUACGAAGUUAUUGGUUGCUGGACGCAAGAAAGGCAUAUUUUUAUACAUGGGGAGAAUUUUCGGGGAGGGAAGGGUCGUAGAUAAAAACACCAAAAUUUAAAGCCUUUUCACUUGAUGAAUAUUUAAGAUUUUUGAAGAUGUUGAUACUUUGAUGUGCUUGUUGUAUGUUUCUUCUGAAUAUUUAGAUGUAUGCCUAGUAUGUUGUGCAUUUUGAAAUUCGAAUUUUGGAUAGAUACUUGUUUGUGUAGGCUGAGUGGUACUUGUUCGUAUACUUGUAAAGUACCCUCACUUUGUAUAAUGAGGACUUACUUGGGGGUUUCUUCGGUGAUCUCUCGGAUGCGAGAUGCUGACUGUUGCGUUCUUUUAUAUGCACGCCGCACGCGGUUAUCACCGACCAGGGAAUCGAAAAGAUGGAAUGAAUUAAACUUUGGGAUUGAUCGGAUGAAAAGAUUUGAUGGCUUGUUUCUUGAGAGAGAAUUUACAUUUCUGCUAGAUUUUCAGUGUGAAGGCGUUGAAUGAUAAAAUCGAGAGGCAAAGAAAGCCAAAUCUAGAAUUCACGAGACGAAGGAAAAUUUGUAUGCGUAGCCCAAUCCUUUCAAAAAGAGGUCAUAUUUUUGAGGACCAUCAAUCAAUGUAUGUAGACGUGGGUUGAAUAGCUGUAAACUUACUCGCAUCUUCAAUAAUACCACCUACAACGUAUGUACAGAUUGUACGUCCUUACCUCUCAUCUUCCCAUCAGUUUUACAUCCAUCCAUUGCCGACUUGCCAGACAGAUUCGGAGUUUUUGACCGGUGUCCCAAGAUAUUCUCUUCGAAAAGGGCUGGCAUCUCCGAGGCCUCAUCGGGGUUUCUGGUACCAGAUACACAUAUGAAAGGAAUCAUACGUUCUUUCCCUCUUUGAACCUUGGAAAUGGGUCAGCUGCUGACCAAGUGUACCAAGAAAAAGGAUUUAUUUAUGUAGGAGUAUGCACACUGUUUCUCUGCUUCUGUAUUGCGUUGUCCAAUUUAUGCACCUGCAUUUGGGCCCUGGAUUGGUCGGUCAUGGACAGGCCGAUAUUGAAAGUUGACUGAGUGAUCCAGUUGAUUGCAAGAAUCAGGGAUGUUGAUACCAUUUUCCAUUUCCUUAAUCUGUGAUCCUUUAUCUAUUCUCGUGAUUGGGAUUGCAAUAUUGAGCAGGGAAAUGACGUAUCAUGAAAGGAAACCCUUUUUGUAGAUUUUGAUGAUUUGGAGAGGAGAGUAAAGUUUGGAUUAUGCGAUAACUUGCUGCUACUUGCUAGUGCAUUGCGAGAUAUUCUAUGCAGGAGUUUGAAACGGAAAGUGCAUCGGAUUGUGUACAACUGGCAGUUUUUGGCUGCAAGGUGCAGAUUUAAGUUAAGCAUCAAGCAUUGAGACUGAGACUGAGACUAAGACUGAGACUAAGACUGAGACCAAGACUGAGAGACGACGAGUAGAAAGGCGAUCAAUUAUUGGAACUGCGAUAGAGACAUCUGAUGGAUGGGUCCGAGUACGGAGGCGAUGAGGCGAUGAAAAGCAAAAGAAGGAAAAAGGAGAGAGGUUGGAAAGAUGGUUGAUGAUAUGAUAAACAUUGUCCUUUCUUUCCACGAUUCAUUCAUCUAUUGAUUCUCUUCAUCGUAAAGCCAAAUCCCAGUUGAGCGAGACCGAGUUGAGGUAGAAGGCGGGGUCAAUGGCAAACUAAUCCAUUAUAGGAAAGGUCUAGAGCUGAUAAGGGGGAGUUGCUCAGUUCUCAAGGUGUUGACGGUGUUGACGGUGUUGACGUUUGGAAUUUGAGUAUAUUCAUCAUUCAUCACCCCUGGACAGCAUUAUCUCGUACCAAGAAGAUAUUGAUGAUUAUGAUGUGAAUGCGAGUAAGCAGUAUGAAUGAUUACAGGACAAUAUGGAUAUGGAUGUGAACGUACGAUGACUAAGAAGAACUUAUCUAGUAAUGAGGUAUUCCGUAGAAAGUACACCGUAUUGAUUUAUAAUCAUUCAUCUACUCCGGUACUCGUACUCACCUAUUACUAUUCACUCAGGUCCAGAUUCCGAGAAGAUUC